AUGCGCAGUCGUCACUCUCGGGGCCAGGGCCGAGAUUCACGCCGGAGCCGUCCAAUCAUCAACGAGCUGUUCUCCUGCGUCUGCCAAAACUGUGGGUCACAACCUCUGACCUUUCUCUCCAGACGACAAGAACCGUCCACAUUUAGGAUUUCAAAAUCUGCAAAUAUUCCCCGGAUAAUUUCUUUAUUCCUGACUAUGACGACAAUGGAGGGGGGAACUAAUGUAGAUACAAAGAAGGAACUAACGUCAGAAAUUGAUGCGGCUGUCUUAGAUGGCGCUGAGGUGCUUCAUGUCAUGACCACUGGAAGCUCAGGGGCAGUUACUCUUCCCAUCACUCUCACACAGGGUGGGCUUGUCUCUCUUACAUCGCCAGGACAAGGAGUGGUUCAGGUGUCAGCUGGCUCCCUGGCGCAGGUUGACUGGGCCUCGAAGCUCAAGGAGUUCCAGCAUGCCCAGAGACUGGAGCGGUUGAGGGAAGAGCAGAGACAGGUUCAAGACCGGGUCACCCAGAAGAUGCAGUUUGAUCAGAAGUAUGAGCCUUGUGUGGUGUGUGGUGACAGAGCUUCAGGUCGACAUUACGGGGCUAUCAGCUGUGAAGGUUGCAAAGGUUUCUUCAAGCGGUCGAUCAGGAAACAGUUGGGCUAUGCCUGUCGAGGAGCCAGGGAUUGUCCUGUGACGAAGCUGCAUCGCAACAGAUGUCAGUACUGCCGUCUGCAGAAAUGUUUAACAGUUGGUAUGAGGUCUGAAUCUGUUCAGCAAGAAAGACGACCUAGUGACCAGAGAGACAAAGUACCCGGCAAUGUUGCUACAUCAACACAGAGAAUUUACAUCAGAAAAGACUUCAAUAGUCCUUCUGCAGCGAUACCUACUUUCAGCCCAAAGGGGAUAGAUGAUGCCAAAUAUGUGAGUCUGCUAGCCAACCUGCAAGAACGUGUGGUUCAAACUGAUCACGGUAUGGUUGUUCUAAGCUCUCAAAUGUCGCCAGGUUCUGCUGUAAACACAGACCUGAGCACAUUGGCCAAUGUUGUCAGCACAGUCACGAAUGCAGAAGAUCUGACCACCCUGGCAGAUGUUGUAUGUACAGUAAACACAGAAGAUCUUUCAACACUUGCCAGUGUCGUUACGACAUUAGCAACAAUGGGCAAAGAGGAGAUCACUCUGGAGGAUUUGUCCAACACACAAACAACGUCACCAUCACACAACAAUGGGGAUGCUAACCGUGGAACACCAGACGCCACGUCCCGAGCUUUUGAUACAUUAGCUAAAGUUGUACAGAGUCCGCAAGGACAUGGUUCAGGUCUGCUUGAUCACUCUUCAAUGUCAGAAACCAGCUUUGAUCAGUCUGCCAACAGUGACGGUGAAAAUUCUCUGUUGGUUGAAACACAAGGUCA